AUAAUGUUGAACUAGAAAUCGCUCAAAACUUUUUGCAUCAUGCUGCACGGUCUAAUCUGUUCAAACUAAAACAGCAAUAUCGACGAAGAUGGCUUACAUUCCCCACGGAUACAAGAGAAUACGUAAAAAAAAAUUUAUUAGAAGCCUUGGGCACGGAAACGAAUCGACCAAGUUCAGUUGCGCUGUGCAUAGCACACGUAGCUGCUGCUGAGCUCUUAGUCGAUCAAUGGCAAGAACUGAUUCCACUAUUGGUAAAUAAUGCAACUAAUCCGAAUAGCACUGAAAGAGUGAAGGAAGCGACUCUUGACGCGAUAGGAUAUACUUGUGAAGAAAUAAAAUGUGAUGCUGUAUUUUCUCAGUCAAAUCAGAUCCUUACAGCUAUUGUCAAUAAUAUGAGAGGAUCUGACACAUCGAUGCGUUUACGUUUAUCUGCUACAAACGCUCUCAUCAAUUCACUUGAAUUUGCAGAAAGUAACUUUGAAAUCGAGUCAGAAAGAAAUUUCAUAAUGGAAGUUGUUUGUCAAACGACACAAUCAACAGAUAUAGAAAUAAAAGUAGCUUCUUUACAAUGUCUUACUGAGAUUGUUAUACUUUACUAUGAGUAUAUGGAACCGUACAUGGCACAAGCACUACUUGGGAUUACUUUAGAAGCAAUGAAAUCCAAUAUUGAUGAGGUUGCGUUACAUGGAAUU